ACCACAACAGAUCACAUUCUCUCUACAGAGACCUCUACAGCUCACACAUCCAACCAUGGCACCUACAAUCACUGCAGCAAUCACCAACUCUCAGGAGCAUCUGACUCUGACCCACAAGCUCAGAAAACCUCUGGUGGAGAAGCUCCGCAGAGAGCGAAUCAACAGCAGCAUUGAGCAGCUCAAGUCUCUCCUGGGUCCAGAGUUCCUCAAACAGCAGCCAGACUCCAAGAUGGAGAAAGCAGACAUCCUGGAGAUGACAGUUUGCUUCCUGACACACAUGCAGCAGCAGAACCAACAGCAGAGAACACUGCUCAACCACAUCAACAAGCUGCAACCUUGUUCUGAUAACAGCCUGACAGAGGCUGACUUCUUUCCUCUCAGCUCCACAGUCCAGACCAGCAUCACCAAAGACAAGAGUCCAGUCAACAGCGCCCUCUGGAGGCCGUGGUAGACACCUACACACUGGAGUUACAACCAGACAACAUUUAAAUGACCACAUUGGUCAAAGAUUACUGGACUGAAUUCUAGGAGAUUUCAUGAACUUAUUUUUUUGUAUGUACGGAAGGUUGAUCUGGCGUUUUUUUGUGCAAGAUGACAUUUCCUGAGGAAAUGACAGCAACAAUAUCUUUCAAGAUAAGAAAGAAAACAUCUUGUCUGCAUGAGACAAGCUGAAUAGACCAUAUUGGUUAAAGAUUACUGGACUGAAUUCUAUGAAAUUUCAUGAACAUGUUUUUCUGUAUGUGCAGAAGGUUUAUAGGUGUUUUGUUCUUUGUGGAAAUUAAGAAAGCAAAUAUCUUGUCAUGCAUGUUGCAUGAACCAAAUCUAAUUGUAUAUGCAAUUAUUUUUAGUUGUCAUCGUACUUCAUGUACUGGUGUUUGUAUGAUAACAUUUGUUGUCUGUUGAUUAUUAUCGAUAAUUGUGAUUUUUAAAAUAUCAUGCCUGUUUUAUGGACACAUUGUCAAAAUGAAUGAAAACCUGAUCUGUUUGAGGAUCCAAAUGUUAAAUCUGUUCUAAAAGGUUUAUCAUAAUAUUCUCACUUUAAUCAUUUACUGUGCAUUAUGAACUGUCUCUUGCAAAAUAGCUACCAUUUUGAUCGAAUAUCUUUGUCUCUUUUAUAGACAGCUUGUUGAAACUUAUCUCAAUUAAUGUCACUGUUAUAAAAAUAUCUGUUUUAAGAUUAACAUUUGUAUCCUUCUCCCGUAAAAAGUUAGUUUAAUGUGAAUCAUUGCAUUCAGUGUUCAUCAAGAAUGAUGACCUGUUAUAAAGUAAUUUCUUUUUCUUUUUUAACUCUAUUGAGAAAAGAAAAUGUCAAAGGACAGUGAGUUCUGUCCUUAAUUUGUUUAUCUUUUAUAAAGACAGUUGUUCCUUUACUCUGUGUGAGUACACUGUGUCUUGUAGAAACCUACAAGUUCUGGUUGUGAUGUACCAUCACGUCUUGUUGGAGCUUCAUCCUUGAAGUGGCUCAUUGUAGCUUGUUGAAUAAACAAACACUGUCAGC